GCGCUGAAUCGAGACUGAGGAAGCUUGUCCACUUGGGGCCGCCGUCGCGCCGCGCCGCCAUAUUGUCCGCUGGAGCCGCCGCCAGAGCCGCCGAGGUGUCCUGAGAGAGCGGAGCCGCGCCGGGAUGGAAACCAUGGCGAGCCCAGGAAAGGACAAUUACCGGAUGAAGAGCUAUAAGAACAAAGCACUGAACCCAGAAGAAAUGAGAAGGAGGCGAGAGGAAGAGGGGAUCCAGCUCCGUAAGCAGAAACGAGAGCAACAGCUUUUUAAACGAAGAAAUGUAGAACUAAUCAAUGAAGAUGCCGCUAUGUUUGACACACUACUCAUGGACUCCUAUGUCAGCUCCACCACUGGGGAUAGAGUAAUCACAAGAGAGAUGGUGGAGAUGCUCUUUUCUGAAGACUCUGACCUGCAGUUAGCAACCACACAGAAAUUCCGAAAGCUGCUCUCAAAGGAGCCUAAUCCUCCCAUAGACGAGGUGAUCAAUACCCCUGGAGUAGUGGACAGGUUUGUGGAAUUUCUGAAGAGGAGCGAGUGCUGCACGUUACAGUUUGAAGCUGCCUGGGCCCUGACCAACAUUGCCUCAGGAACCUCGCAACAGACCAAAAUUGUCAUUGAAGCCGGGGCUGUCCCUAUCUUCAUAGAAUUACUUAACUCAGACUUUGAGGAUGUACAAGAACAGGCAGUCUGGGCCCUGGGAAACAUAGCAGGUGACAGCUCUGUCUGCAGAGAUUAUGUCCUGAGCUGUUCCAUCCUCCCACCAUUGUUGAUACUCCUCACCAAAUCCACACGUGUGACGAUGACCCGGAAUGCUGUCUGGGCCCUGUCAAACCUGUGCCGAGGAAAGAAUCCACCCCCCGAGUUUGAGAAGGUAUCGCCUUGUUUGCCUGUGCUGUCUCGCCUGCUGUUCAGCAGUGAUUCAGAUUUGCUGGCAGAUGCAUGCUGGGCCCUCUCCUAUCUGUCGGAUGGUCCCAAUGAGAAGAUUCAAGCUGUCAUAGACUCUGGGGUCUGUCGGAGAUUGGUGGAGCUCUUAAUGCACAAUGAUUACAAAGUGGCCUCCCCUGCCCUUCGAGCAGUGGGCAACAUUGUCACUGGUGAUGACAUCCAGACCCAGGUGAUUCUCAAUUGCUCAGCCCUCCCUUGCCUCCUCCACUUACUUAGUAGUCCCAAGGAGUCAAUACGGAAAGAAGCUUGCUGGACCAUUUCAAACAUCACAGCUGGAAACAGGGCCCAGAUACAGGCUGUCAUAGAUGCAAAUAUUUUUCCUGUGUUGAUCGAGAUCCUGCAGAAAGCUGAGUUCCGCACAAGGAAAGAAGCUGCCUGGGCCAUCACCAACGCAACAUCAGGAGGAACUCCUGAGCAGAUGAAGUAUCUGGUUACUUUGGGUUGCAUCAAACCUCUGUGUGACUUGCUGACUGUGAUGGACUCUAAGAUCGUGCAGGUUGCCCUCAAUGGCCUGGAAAACAUCCUACGGUUGGGUGAGCAAGAGGCUAAGCGGACAGGCACAGGGGCCAACCCCUACUGUAGCCUCAUUGAAGAAGCUUAUGGCUUGGACAAGAUUGAGUUUCUCCAGAGCCAUGAAAACCAAGAGAUUUACCAGAAGGCCUUUGACCUCAUUGAGCACUACUUUGGCGUGGAAGAUGAAGACACAGGUCUGACUCCUCGGGUGGAUGAGACGCAGCAGCAGUUCAUCUUUCAGCAGCCUGAGGCCCCCAUGGAGGGCUUCCAACUAUAAUGCCUGCCCAGGGGAGGGGAGGGGAGGGAAAAGAGAGGAGAGCACCACAGACUGGCCCAUACAGUCCUUGGCAGUGGUGGUGGCGGCAGUGGCAGCAGGGAGGGGCGCCAGGCUCCCUGCCCCAACCCUGGAGACUGCCCUUGCUGCCCCCUCCCUCCCUCCCUUCCCAGGAGGCCCCUUUGAGGACAGGCCAAGGCCAAGGCUUUGCUUUCGUGGAGAGAAGGAGGCUUGUUUUUCCUCCUUACCCACCAUAUUUUUGCUGCAUACCUGUCUAACCCAGGAGCCCAGGGUGGAAAAGGGAGGACUGAGGUAACCAAUUUGCACCUUUUUUUUUCUUUUGUGGUGAUUUUUCUCUUCCUCUUUCCCUUUCUCCCUCCCUGGCCCCUGCCCCAGGCUGUGUCAGUCUUACUUCGGGUACUUGAGCAGAUGGAAUAUUCCAGUGGGGGGUGGGGGGAGAAGGUAGAGGGGAGGGACAGGAUCCCCCCCCAAAAAAAGUGUUCAUGCUCUGAUGGAAUAUUAAUCCUGAAUACUUGGA